GGCAAAGGCAAAAUGCCCUUUCUCCUGCUCUUCCUCUUCCUUUUCGGGCUUGCAGAUGUGGCGCCGGUCGCACAGCUCCGUGAAUGCCCUAAGAACCGCUGAGCUGUGGCCUUGAGAAGAGUGAACCGUAUGGUACGUGAACCGUCUGUCAAGGAACAGAGGGAAGAAUCAGGACUAGUCUCCGGAGAAAAGUUUCCAGGUAGCACGUGGCCUUGUGUGGCUCUGAGGUUCUGGAAGCUGGUAUUCACCGCAAGAGAACAGCCCUUUGUGAUCUGUGAUUCUUUUAUGUGGCUGAAUUUGAUCAUCCGCUCCAGCAGUCGGAGAAAUGAAAAUGAUGGCUCCAAGAAAUGGCUCAUCUCCCAUCUCGGGUCCAGUAGCAGUCAGAGGCCUGGUGGGGGGCUCACUGACUGUGCAGUGUCACUAUGAACCUGGGUGGGAGACCUACAAGAAGUGGUGGUGUCGAGGAGCCAAGUGGAGUAAAUGUCACAUCCUUGUUAAAACCAACGGAUCAGAGCAGGAAGCAAAGAAUAACCAAGUGUCCAUCCAGGACAACCAGAAAAACUACACAUUUACUGUGACCAUGGAGAAGCUCAAGGAAACUGAUGCAGAUACUUACUGGUGUGGGAUUGAGAGAUCUGUAACUGACCUUGGGGUCAGUGUCAAAGUGACCAUCGACCCAGCACCAACUACAGUGCCCACCACCACUUCGAACGCCCAAAUGUCCACAGCACCAGCAGAGACCAAAGGCCCCCCGACUAUGAGCAGCCAUCACUCCAGUGCCAGGGCUGACUCCAUUAACCUCAGCAUCCUGCUUCCCCUCAUCUUUGGCGUGUUGCUGCUUCUCCUGGUGGCGGCCUCGCUCUUGGCUUUGAGAAUGAUGAAGCAGCAGAAGAAAGCUGCUGAGCCAUCCCCAGAGAAGGUGCUCCAGCCCCCAGAGGGGGACCUUUGCUAUGCAAACCUGACCUUGCAGCCAACCGGAACCUCCCACGGCUCCUCCCAGAAGAAGGUCUGCACAAAGUCGUCCUCCUCUGACCUGGAAAACCAGCAGGAAGUGGAUUAUGUCACCAUGGCCCCCUUUCCAAAGGAGAACGUUUCCUACGCAGCUCUGUCUUGGGAGUUUCUGGAUCAGGAACCAACCUACAGCAACACAGACGUCUUCUUCACCCAUGUUCCCAGCAGGAACCAUGAGGAGCCCAUAAGAUACAGCACCGUCAGGAGGCCUUAGCCUGAGCUCCAAGCUCCCCUCUCCAACCCCACACAAGGCCUGUGAGCAUGUUCCUGCUUCGUCUGCUUUCUGUCCCCAGUCGCUUCACAGGGACCACAUGGGGACUGAAGCGUCAGCCUGGUCCAGCUAGUGUCUCACUCAGUUCCAUCUGGGGUUGGGGCCUGGUCUCAAGGGGCUUUCAAGAGGUAGACAGGAGUCUGUCUCUAUCCCUUUUUCUCUCACACGGCUUGGGAGGGGCUUAGAGAUAGGCUCUGGAGCUGCCAAGGGAGCAAUAAAGAUAAUGAUAAUAGUAAUAAUUAACCUUUAUUUAUUGCCUAUCACAUAUGGUGGGGUGAAUAAUGGCCCCCCAAGUUAUCUGUGUCCUCGUCCCCAGAACCUGGGAACUUGGCAAAGGAGAUACAUGGAUGUGUGAAGUUGAGGAUUUUGAGAUAGGGAGAAUAUUCUGGAUUAUCCAGAUGGGCCCUAAAAACAAUCACAAGGCUCCUUGUAAAAGGGAGGCAAGAAGGUCACAAGAAGAGAAGGCAGCAGAUGAUGGAAGCAGAGAUUGGAGAGAUGUGGCCAGCAGGCUCCGGGAGCCAGAAAGGGCAAGCGAUGGAUUCUCCACUGGAGCCUCUAGAAGGAACCAGCCUGUCAACACCCUGACUUUAUAGUCCAGUGAAGCAGACUUUGUAUUGCUGGCCUCCAGAAUUGUAAGAGAAUAAAUUGGUAUUGUGUUAACAAGUCA